UCGGCUUGUCCGAGAGUUUCCAAGCCGUUGCUGGCAUAUCGCCCCAGGCCCACCACAUGCAGCCGGGAAUGCAGCCCAGCGCCGCCGCUCAGGAGUACUUCGGGACGAGCAACGCCGCCCACCAGCUGCAUUCGCCCUCUGCGGCAACGCAUAACUCGGGGCCGAUACCGUCGGAACAAGAGCUGCCGCCGUACGACUUGCUGUACGCGCUGGUCGACCUCUACUUCAAGCACGUCAACACGUGGUGUCCGAUCCUCCACCGCAAGACCACGCUCGACUCGCUGUUUGGCCCGUCCGUGAUCGACGAGGAGGACAAGAUCCUGCUGCACGCCAUCGUCGCCACCGCCCUGCGCUUCUCGACCGACGUGCGCCUGACCGAGGACAGCCGGCAGCGCUACCACGACGCCUCCAAGCAGCGCGUGCUGCUCUACGGCAUGGAACACCUGUCGGUCAAGUCGUUGCAGGCGCUCGUCAUCCUCGCGCUGGAUCUGUGCGGAAGCAGCAACGGCCCGCCGGGAUGGAACAUCAUGGCCCUCAUCACGCGGGCCGUGGUACAGCUCGGCCUCGCCGUGGAGAGCAACUCGUUCUCGGUGGCGCCGGGCUACACGUCCAUCUACACGCUGCGCGCCAUGAUCCUCCCCGAGCCGCGCGACUUCAUCGAGGAGGAGUCGCGGCGGCGCCUGUUCUGGAUGGUGUACCUGCUCGACCGAUACGCCACCAUCGCGACGGCCUUCGAUUUUGGCAUCGACGACCGCGAGAUCGACCGCAUGCUGCCGUGCCGCGACGACUUGUGGAUGAAGAACCAGAAGGUCGAGACGCGCUGGUUCCGCGCCGACGACGGCAAGCCGGGCAGCCUCUGCGGCGGGGGCGCGUCGUCCUCUUCCGAGCACGAGGUCGACAAGCCCGAGAACCUCGGCGCGUUCAGCUACUACAUCGAGAUCCUCGGCAUCCUCUCCAAGAUCCACAAGUUCCUCAAGGAGCCGGUCGACAUCAGCUCGCUCUCCGACGUCGAGACCUGGCAGCUGCGCUACAAGGAGCUCGACAACAUGCUCGCGGCCUGGAAGUUCGGCCUGCCCGGCGAGUACGGCAACAUGGCCAAGCUGUUCCAGCCGGCGUCGGCCAAGACGCUCAACUGCGGCUGGGUCAUGCUGCACGCGACCUACCACACGGCCGUCAUCCGGCUGCACUCGUCGGCCGCCUACCCGACGGCGCGCUCGCCCAUCUUCACGCCCAGCUACUCGGCCAGCCAGCGCUGCCACGCGGCGGUCGAGAACAUCGCGGCCCUGUGCGAGUUCGUCGUCGCCAACAACAACAUGCUGGUCAAGCUCGGCCCGCCCUUCGCCUUCACCCUGUGGGUCGCCGCCCGCGUGCUGCUCGUGCACGGCAGCACCGUCGAGCGCAAGCUCAGCCCCCAGAUCGCCGCCUUCGUCGACACCCUGCGCGACAUGGGCCGCUACUGGCCCGUCGCCGCCCGCUACUGCGGCCUGCUCAGCCGCGUCCUCGACGAGCACCGCGAGAGCGAGCGCCACGGCCCCGCCGCCGAGAACCCCCCUAGCGUCCGCAUCCUCGCCGACAUGCGCCGCACCGCCUUCGACCUCGACUUCCUCAUCAGCCGCCAGCCCAGGCACGUCCCGCCGCUGCUUGCGGGGGCCGCCAACGGGGGGAGCAAUAAUAAUGGUGGCGGCGGUGGAGGAGGGGCUGGGACUGCAACUGGAAGUGGUGGUGGUGGUAGUGGUGGUGGUGGUGGCGGGAUCAUUAGCGGGUGGCAGAGCCGGCUGGCCAGCGCCACGCCCGCGUCGCGGACGCCCGCGCCGAACGAGCUCGAGUACCUGGACGUGUUUGACUUCUUCAACGUGCCCCGGCUGGCGGUCGGUCCGGCGAUGGCGGCGGCGGCGGCGGGGGUCUCGGGCGGCGGCGGCGCGGACGGCGGGAAUGGCGCCGAUGCUGGCGCCGGCGGCGCGGUCAUGGCUGGCGAGUUUAAUAUCACUGACUUCAUGGUGGAUGCGAAUCGGGACUGGCUGUUCCAGCAGGGCGAGUCGAAAUUUUUGGGCUGAUGUACAUGUAUUUAUACUUUUUAUAUGAUGUGUGGGAGCGGGAACUGGAGUUUAGGGGCUGGGAA